UACACUACUUUUGCAUUACUUUAAGUUACUUUCACCAGAACAACUUCAGUAUGAAUCUGGUCAUGUGACGCUCAGUGAGCUCAUGACAUAUAUGUGGAAGGUGAUGUGGUGUCUGAGCUAGUAUUGCUGUUAAAAACAGUCAGAUAUAAUAACAGUGCUUUAAAAUGAUUGUUUAUUAAAUAAAUGCAACAACAAACUGUACUCUCAGCACGCUGCCAUCUUAGAUUAACUGAGCAGGGAGUGAGGUGGUGGGGGCUCCAAGCCUAUUUAGCCUUGGUCCCCAAAUGCCUUGAUACGGCCCUGGAUGUGGGACUGACUUCUGGGGUGAUCUGAUUCUAUCACAUGUAUAAAUAUUAAAUGCUAUAAAUAUUAUUGCUUUUCUCUGGUAAAAAUGUCUAUUGGGGAUAAAUCUACCUACAUUUUUUCUUUUCAAGCACUUUGUUUUGUUUUCUUGAUUUUAUUUGAAUAAUUUCCUGCCCUUUCUCUCUCUAACCGUCCUGCAUGCUGCAUGUUUUCUCCGUCUUCCAGAAAACCUGUUUCCUAUAUUUCCUACUUUCUAACUAAUCAGCCAAAGGGAUCUUCACAUGCGCGGCGCUCCAGCAGCAAUGAGUUGAAAUCACCGGAGCCCAGAUUAACUCAGCGGAGGCAAAGGACGUCAGAAAAGUACAGAAUACCAGAGAACAUGCACUGAUAUGAACGAUCGCAGGUGAAUUAUUUUGUUUUAGUGGAGCGAUUUUGUGAAUGUUACAGCGCAGGACGCAGCUGGAGUAGUUGAGCCGUCACCGCUGCGUCCUCUCUGCCUGCAAAGCUGAGUCCAUAUGUGACGUAAUAUAUGCAGAUACUGGAACUUUCUUCGGGUUUCCCGCAAUUUGAAUUUUUAAGAAACGCAGCUUGACUCUGGGUUUAAAAAUACAUUGUAAUUACCGCGUUACUGACAAUUGUACCGAGUAAAUAUUACCAUUUUCUUUCCCUGUAAUGCCUUACAUUACCACAUUACAGCAAAAAGCAAUGCAUUACAGUAAUUAAUUACUUUUGUACCGUGUUACUCCCAACACUGUUCGUAAAUACAGACAUUUGUAUGAUUCAGCUCUCAGAGAUCACCGUGAUCAACAUGUUGUUAAUAAUUCUUGGAGAGAAAUAGUUCACACUGUCGGAAAAGACGAGGACGCUGUUAAAAAUGCUGAAAUGUCAUGUUGUAAACAGUAAUUUUUACUUCUACUAUGGUGUAGUGUUGGAUGCAUGCCGUAGAGCUCCAUGCUGCCCCAUUCAGUUUUGGAGAAUAUUGGCUCACCGCAGAGACGAGCCCCACGAACCAUAAACACUGCGAGUUGUGAAGCGCGUUCCAGUCGCGAGCCGCAUCACCAAGCAGAAAGUGAAUGCGUCAAGCAUAAACCAAGCUUUAUACUGCAGCGCCAACAAUUGUAAUUUGACGACAUCCGUCAAAAAGCUCCAGAGUGUUUUAAAGUCGUUGCAGUAACCACAUUUUACCACAGGGUGUAAUUUUUACUUCAUUUCUACAUAAUGCACCUUUAAGAGUUGCAUGUCAUGACUUAACCUCAGACCAGAUUGCUGUAAAAAGUUUUUUUUUAACCCAAAACGAUUACAGAUUUGGACAAUAAUAAACCAUUUAAAAAUGUGUUUCAUUGCAGCUUAGCAGCCGUGCAUUCUCAGUGUGAUCUGUGAUCUGGAUAUAGACGGUCUUGGUGUUCGGUUCACAUCCAGACUGGAGACUCGCUGGUUUAGGUGAAAAGAAAAAUCCUAUGUAAGCUUGAUGUCCAGUACAUUGUGAUCUGGCAGGCUUACCUUCAAGUUAUGAAGUUCAUCUGCUGCUUUGAUAGAAAAGAGUGUUGUCAUGGACACCACAGGGCAUCUUAAGGAUCGGCUCUGUGAAGGCCGCUCUCAAACCUGUGACAAAUCCUGCUGGGAUGAACACUUUGGUCUUUUUAGCAAGUCAUAAACUGCCCAACUUUUCCAACACAUUUCACGCUGACUGUGGGAAGAUUUGUUUUGUCUAAAAAUCUGCAGAAAUUUCUAAUUUAGCAAAAUUUCUCCUAGAUGUUAUCUGAGGUGCACCUCCUGUAUGAAUUCCUGACGUUUAGUUGUUUUGUUGGGUUGUUGCUUGAGACAGUGAGUGUAUUCUGUAUUGACAUCACAAUUUGCUGAGACACUGAAUACUGCGGCAAGUAUAAUCAGCCCAUUGCUCCCUUUGUGCAUCACUGAGCUGUGACCACACAUGACCCUAUUGCUGCUUCACCAGCUUUCCUUCUUCAGGACAUGUUUAGUAUUUCCUGACCGCUGCAGGGAGGUGACAUAGCUCAGUGUUUCUGGCCCAUGUCACAGUUGCUCAAAACAUUUUGCCUCUUCAUUUUGGCCAUUACUUUGAGGCAAAUGUGGUCAACCUCAAUGAAAAAGUAAGACUAAACACUUAAAUGACUUUAUCAGCUAUUUAGAUUUGUAAUUUAAUGUAAAGGUACCUGUUUUAGAUAGAAGGGUCUUAGGCUGGAGAUUAGCUUUCCCUACCCACACGGCUAAUGAGCUAACAGCUUUGCCGAGAGCAGCCAGAACAUCAAGUCUUCUAAAUUUCACUGCAGUUCACGUAACACGUUUUAGAAACCUCUACACCACAGUGUAUUACACAGGUAUUUUGAUUUAAAAACAACUAGACAUGUAGCAAGGGCUGCGUUUAGCUGCUACGGGUAAAAAAAAACCACAUACUUCUAAGCAAAUACUCAUGUAAUAAAAAUAUGAUGUUAAUGUAUAGCUUCAUGAAGAUAACUUUAAAUAAUCCGCUGAUUUUAAUAGUUUUUAGCCGAUGUAAAGCAGCACUUAUUGUCCCCACUAUUGGGCGACAGUGGCACAGUGCUCGCCCCGUAAUCAGAAGGUUGUAGGUUCAAGCCCUGCUCAGUCUGUUGCUGUCGUUGUGUCCUUUGGCAAGACACUUAACCCGCGUUUCCUGCUGGUGGUGGUCGGAGGGACCGGAGGCGUUGGUGUACGGCAGACUCACCUCUGUCAUUGUGCCCCAGGGCUGCUGUGGCUAUGUAGCUCAUCAUCACCAGGGUGUGAAUAACUGAUUGUGUUAUAAAGCACCUUGUGGGGCUCCAGCACUCAAAUAUCAAAAACAGGCCCACUUCUCCCUUCUACUGCCUUGAAAGCAGAAUCCCAAUUGUCACAAACACAUCAUGCUGUAGCUAGCGCUAACAAUGAGCUAAAGCUAACACAGGCGAACUAACACAACAUAAGUAACAAAGGAAAAAGAUCCACAUCGUUGGACAAAACUAUUAUUACCAAUAGCAACAAAGUAGCAGUCCAGUAGCAACAAAGCCAGGUCACCAUCAGUUGUGAUUUUGUACCCUGCGUUAGUUCCCUAAAACUAACAUAGAUGUUCACUCUGGGUUUAGCACUUUGCUUCAACUCCAAAGACAUUGUCUCUGACUUUUUCUUCCUGGCUCCACCAUGAUGCAAACUAAAAAAGAAAAAAAUCUUCUUUGUUUUAUUGAUGGUUGGAAAACUGAAAAAAAGCUAACUGCUAGCCAUUUUAUUAGCUACCGGCACAGUAGAGUUAAAAUUGAAGUCCCACUAGUUUUCACACUAGUGUGAGAAAUUUGCUCUCCACAUUUGACCCACCACCUGGGGGAACGGCGAGCUGCAGACACAGCCGCGUUCGGGAACUAUUUGGUGAUUUGACCCUUUAAUGCUGAGUGUCAAGCUGGGAGGCACUGGGUACCAUUUUUAAAGUCUUUGGUAUGACCCAACCGUGGAUUUGAAUCCACAGUCCCCCUCUUAUUCCCCCAGGCCACUGAGCUGGUCGACAGCUGUUGACUUAAAGCAGGUAUGAUUUUAAAAUCGCAAAACCACAUUUCAAACCACAAAACUGUUAAGUUUGGUUUCUGGUCAGCGGAGGGCUACAGAGUGCUGUUCCGCUGGUCAGGUAAGAUAAUGUGUAAACGCUCUUUAGUUUUGUAAUAUAAUGUGCUCUUGGCUGGGCCCAUCCUAGCCAUUAGCUCAUCAGUCCUGUAGGAAGCAACAUUAUUUUGUUUAAAUUUGAGACUGUUCAUCUAUAAUCAGUAGGGCUGUAGCAAAGCCUCGACGAAGUCGACGGCUCGAUUCUAAAAAUUUGUCGACGUCAGAUCCGGAAGUUGACGCACCACGCCCACUUGUUGCAUGCCCAGGAGUUUGUAAAUAGAGGAGGAAUCGGCCUGUUUUUCCUCUAGUUCGCCCUCUUCUCCGCCUUCACUAACGUCUCUGCCAAAUACCGAAGACCCGGAACAAUGUCCGUCCACUACUAGAUUAUUUUCCUGUUUUGCCCGCCUUUGUCUCCCGGCAACGGACAACAACUUCCGGGGUCAGAUGCGCUGCUUCGUGUCUAUCGCAGAUGUAGAAAAUCACCGGGAGCUCUUCUCCCUUCAUUAAGGAGCUUCUUUCAGACAUUAGGAGAGCUGUUCUGGUGGUAGCAGUCUCUCCUCCGUGCUGGUCUGUUUGCUGCUGGGUGUUUUUGGUUUAUUUAAACUUGGUAACUUGAACUUAAUGUUGGUAAAGCUACUGUUAGCAUCUUCGCUAACAGCUUCUUGCGUUUGGAUAAGCUGUUACGUUUUAGUUUAGAGUUCAUCUUUUUUGUGGUGUAGAUCUCCCUUUUAUUACAUUUAGAGUGUUGUGGGUUUUCGGUUUAGUGUAAAAUAUCACCUGAGUUUGGUUUAACCCGUAACACCACUCGCCUCACGCACAUAAGUGACCAAAACAAAGCAGCAUGGAGACACUCCAUCUUCUACCACCUCUCAGGCAGCAGCCUGCACUCCCAAGAUCUACACGUCACCAGAACAUAACCAACCAACACAAUAAAAGCAGUGUUAUACAAAAUGGAAGGCCUGUAGUGUUUAUUCUCUUACAGUAAGAAUUUAUCAAUUUUUUUGAGGAAUUUAUUUGAGAUUUUUUGGUUUUUAUUAAUUGUGCAAUAGAAAAAUAAUCAUUAGAUUAAUUUUCUAUAUAGUCAUUAGAAUAGUCGACUAUUCGAUAAAAUAAUCGUCAGAAUAAUCGUUUUAAAAAUAAUCGUUUACCCCCAGCCCAAUCAGUAAUACGUUUUUUUUUACAAAUCCGACACAGACACACACUUCUAAUGUAAAAGAAAUCCCAUUAAGUCUUUUCCUUUCGUCCUCUGCCCUCUUAUUUCACGCUGCCAGCAUCACUUUCUCUCUGACUCACUAUGAAUCUGCAGACUACUUCCCUCUACGCUGACAUGUACUGCUGCUGUCAACUUUUGAUAAAAAUCAAUUUUUCAUCCUUCGUAUGUAACAGGAAAGGCAUAAAACAUACAGAUUUGUACUCCUUUAUUUCCAUUUCCCCCCUUUAACCUCAUGCUCCUCAUAUCUUCCUUACUGUGACACUCAAGUUCCCUCUCAGCACAUUCACUAGUGUGCGUAGCCUGUCCUUAGUUGACUUAACAUGGUCUGACAGACCAAUCCCUGUGGAUUCUGAUCAAAUAGAGCAAUAGCAUACACAGCAGCAACAGUGCAGCCUCAGCCUGCUAAAACAGCAGCUGUAAUAUGGCAAAGAUCAGCGUCCUGCAGGACUGAUUCAACACGUUUAUCUGCUGAUUCUACUGUGGUGCACAAACAAAUAGAAAUUGCAUAAGGUUGGUAAUAAAGUCAUAGCAUCAAGGUGUUUGAGAAAAAGACUGAGAGGCUUUUUUCCUCUAAGAAAAACUUAGAUUUACUGUUUCCUCAGUGACUACCUUAUUUGCCAUUAGAGGUGACACAUUUAUGAGUGAAAAGAAAAGAUGGGAUGGUUGUGUUAAAAUUGGUUUAGAUUCAUUUCUAAAACCACAGAAAUUCACUUGAAUCCCCUGAUAUUACAACACAAACCCCAGCGGCUCGUGGCGGCUUUUCUGCUCAUACUGAGGCGUCUUGCUGUUUUCCUCUCCACUGUCGCUACAUGCUUGCUUAGUAUUGACCCAUUGCACCAACGUCACCUAAUCACGUGGGUCCACCACGGUGGACGGCAAAAGCAUGUAAACAGUGAGCGGCACGAGUACUAAACAAAGGGAAAAGUAGAGCCUGAAAUUGUUUUUGCGAUCAAAACCAAAACAAAACUCCUCCAGCAUUCCUUCAACUAGUUCAUGCCCAGUUCAGUUAUCAGAAGAAGUAGCGCAUCUAGCGGGGGCUCUUAGAGAGCGGUAUGCUAACUAGCGGUAUGCUAACUAGCUUACCAGCAUUAGCUUACGUUCUCUCUGCAGCUGUUCACCGAUGCAAACAUGUUGCUGACUUUGCCUAAAUUCACCCCUCUGGAUUUAUAACUUUAUGUUAUAAACAGCGUUUCACUUUACACCAAAGCUGAUUGUUAGAAAGUCCGGAUCCCUACCAGCUUCUGUUGCUGGUGGUGUUACUGGGUUCAGCUGCUGCUCUCACACCGGAAUGAGAAGAUCUCUGAACGCCGACGCUCAUAUAAAUAAAUAACGUAAUUUUAACACACGUAAUCAUACAUCGGAGCUUUAAUGUUGUUAAUAAUUGUCUCACUUUACACUGCAGUGGACGGAGCGCAGCCUCCGUGGUGAAAUACCGUCCAUCAGGAUUAUCAGUAGCUAGUAGAAACACAUCACAUUUAUCCCUGUCCCUGUCUUCCUCGCGAAAUAAAUGAACGUUAAUCUUACCCGGUAAAAACAUGUUCGCUGCUAAUCUGAGGGCUGCUAGUCCGCUUGAUUGAUCACUGCAGUUCAUCUCCGUCCUCAGUCUCCAUCAAAGUUAUUAAAAAAACAAAACGAGUUGAGUUUACAUCCUUGUCUGUUAGUGCAGCCGACCACGCAGCAAGCUAAAACUGUUUUAAUGUCAAAUCAACUAAAUAAAAGAUAUAAAAGGCUACAAACUGGCUUGUUUUGACUACUUUCACUGGAGUUUCUACGGGUAUAAACGGUCUUUUUGCCGUCCAUCAUGGUGAAGGGGGCGGUCACAUGAGUGGCGUGACGUCACGUGCAAAGGGUCAUUAGGGUUUGCUGUAAAGAUUCUGACACAACUAGUCAGUGACUCAGUGCUAUCUGCUGGGUUUCCUUAGAUAGGAAUAUUUUAACUGACUAGAAUAAUGAAUGGAAUUCAAUCGGAACGUUUUCCCGGUAAAGCGCCUCUGUGAUUAUUUUGAGUGAUAAUAGCUAAGGUAUCAUAACUAAAGAGAGGGCUGAAGAUGAUCCAAACUAUAAGAUGUUUUCCAGUUUACCAGUAGACAUGGUGUCUGCCUCAUGCAUAGAAACUUGAAGCUGGUUCCACAAGAAAGUAUCCUGGGAACUGAAAGUUAUGCCUUCCAUCCUACUUUUAGAAACUCUAUGAACCAAACCUGCAGUCUGAGAGCCAAGUACUCUGUUGGGAACAUCUGGAACAAUAAGAGGACAAAGAAGAAAAAGAAAGGUACCUGGUGGAUCCUUCCUCGUGAGCUCAAUCAUAAAGAAAAGUGCCCGGGUUCCCUGAACACACCAUCAAGAGGACUAUUUAUAUUUGUCCUUGAUAGAAACUGCAUUGCCAUCAAAAUCAAGUUAAUGUAAACAUAAAAUCUUCACUUGUAUUGAUUUAGUGUUUCAAGCCAAUGUUUCUAGAAGACUUUUCAUAAUAUGAGCUCCCUGAGAGGGGCGGAAACCAAGUCUGUAAAAUAAAAUAAAUCUGACGUCUUUUACUCUGAACACAAAGUCAGUGUUUGUAUUUUCACUCAUUUCUGAAAGGAGCACAACUAACAUGGAGAUUGUUAAAAAAAAUUACCAAGGGCCAACCAGAGCGUUAUCAGCUGUAAAAACACACAACCAGUUAAAACCAGCAUCAAUAAGAACAUAAUGACAUAAGCAGAGGCCUUUUGCAGACAGUUGAAGACACCAACGUAAAGCCAGGAUGUCAGUUGAAUAUUUUUUGUUUUUGGGCGUGACAGCGGGCUUUGAUACGGUUGAUCAUCGGGUAUUGCUGAUUCGCUUGGAGCAGUGGAGGAAAUGGGGCAUGUUCUGGUGCACCCUCACAAUGGAAAAUAACAUUUCUUUCCGACAGAACUUAUUGUGUCAGCUUGGGACAUUUCUCCUGCAAAAGAAUCCCCUGAUGUGGGGAGUUCCUCAGGUGUCACUGCUAGGCCCUCAGGUUUUUUUUCUCUACUUCCUGCCUUGUUGCUUCAAAAGCACAAUAUUAGUUUUCAUGUAUACGCCAAUGACUGUCAAAUCUAUGUGGCUGUCCAGCAGCAGUUUGGGAGUAUGAUUCGGUCAUUAAUAACAUGUGCAUGGUUGGUAUCAAAUUUUCUGAGCUUUAAUGAGAACAAACAGAGGUAAAUGUCUUUUUGCUUAGUAAUUGUCAGCGUCAUUUUCUUGACUUGUCAUUGGCUCCCAAGAUAGAGACUGUUGUUGCCUCCCCGGGUGUAAAACUGGGAGUGGCAUCGAAGCUAGACCACCAGGUCAAGAAUUUUUUCAGCUUUUACACUUAAUGAUUAAGUCGCUACUCUCUAAAGCAAAUCUUGAGAUUGUGACUUAUGUAACUCUCUAUGCCAGGUAGAGUUCAGUCGUUGCUGUUUAGGUUACAAUUGGUGCCUAAUUCUGCUGCUAGGUCUUGUCGGUGGACUUAAAAGAUGGGACCAGAGCCCUGAUUCUGGCUUCUCUGCAAUGGCUUCCUGUUCGGAACCAAUUUAAUUUUAAGGUCUUCAUUUCAAGUCUCUUGCUGGGAAGGAGCUGUCCUAUCUCUCAUCAAUGUAAUCCAAGUACUUGCCAUCAUGGUCCUUUCGCUCAGCAAAGUGUGGUCAUUCAGUAACCUGGACACUCAACAGAAGACCAGGGGGGACUGUGCUUUUUCAGUUUUGGGCCUGAGGUUCUGGAACCAUCUCUCGCUCUGCUUUAAACAGAUUCUAACUGUGAGGGAUUUAUCUCCUCACUAAUAGUUAUGUCUUGUUUCUGUUUACUCCUGUAUUUUUGUGUGUUUUAGGUCAAAUACACUUGGUAAUCUAUAAAUUACUUUAAGUUAAGUUGAUCUACUGGUGUUCAUCACUCCCUUCUUUCUGAAGUCAUUUGUUUAAGUGUUGCCAUGGAAGCGCGCCCAUAGGCAGCCAUGAUCAGUUCCUGGUGUGCUUAAUCAGCUCUACUGAGGGAGAAACUAACUGACUGAAGAGAAGGGGGGAGAGGAGGUUAUCUUGUGUUUGUUUAAGUGUAGUUGUUCUUGGUUUUGUUAUUUUGAGUUAAGGUAGGAGGUAAAUAUGUAAAUAGAUUGUUUGACAUAUUUUGUUGAUGUUGAUGUUGAGAUGUACUUUAUUGAUUGCAGGAUUUCAAGCUAAUUGUUUCCCCUGCCCAUGUCAUAAUGGCUGGUCCCAAGUUAGCUUUAAAAAGGGUGGAUUCAGUACUGUUGGGGUGGUUGAUUGCUUGUUAAGGGGAAUCCAUGCCCCAAUGUAAUGGAUUGUUUGCAAUCAAAAAAAGGAUAAAAAGUCAGAGCUCUGCAACAUCCUGGACUCUUGUUUUUUCUUCUGUGGACAAACCGCUGGUAACAUCCUGAGUGAGUGACAAGGCAGAGGCUCUGUCUGGGCCAAAACCUUACAGUUGGUGGCAGAGGUGGGAUGUGGCGCUGAUGUCGAGAGCUGUCCAGAAGGAGUGAUCAUGGGUCCAAAGCAGCAGUCAAAGAGCAGCAAGGCUGUUGAGGCGGAAGCAGUGGAGGAGAUGGAGCAGGAAAUGGCUACGGGGCGGCCGGCCGUAGCUACGUUCACCGGAGAGGUGUCCCCACUUUCAGCGGAUAUGAGCUCUAUUGUUGCAAUGCUGCAGAAAUGCCUACAGUCCCAAAGUGAGUUCGCUGACAGAUGGGAAAAGGAAGCAAUCAAGCAGGAAAGGAGAUGGAGUCAAGUUCAAGUUCAAGUUAAUAACCUCCGAGAUGACCUGGACGGGCAGCGGGGAAGUGAACAUGAUCCUCAGCCAGGCCCUUCGUCUCGGUCAGAGGGGGGCUCGAGCCCCUCACCGCCAGAUGACGAACCCUCCGGUGGUGAGUCAGCAGCGAGAGGAUGGUCUCAGCCGGCGGUGCCAAAGCUGGAGGAGGGGGAUGACAUUGAACAAUAUCUGACGACCUUUGAACGAUUAGCAACGGCAUACCUGUGGCCAGAAAGGGACUGGGCAGUGAGGCUGGUACCACAUCUUACAGGAAAAGCCCGGGCAGCCUAUGUGGCCAUGGCUUCAGAGGACUCUUCUGAAUACAUCAGAGUGAAAGAAGCCAUCUUGACAAAGUAUGAGAUAAAUGAGGAAGUAUACCGACAACGGUUCCGAGAGCCUGAUGUACGUGGAAGCGAGACGCCUCGGGAGUUCUAUAAUCAUUUGAAAGAUCUUUAUUUCAAGUGGAUGCACCCUGAAAGGAGAAGAAAGGAAGAGAUUGGUGAAAUCCUCAUCCUGGAACAGUUUUAUCGUUCUCUUUCACCUGAAAUCAGGGUGUGGGUUAAAGAGAGAAAUCCAACUUCAGCUCGGAAUGCAGCAGACUUGGUGGAGAACUACCUGGCUGCACGCCGGGGACCAAAGACCUUCAGGUUUAGCCUUCAACAGAAGUCCAGUCCUUCACAGGGUAAGUCUGGGGGGUCUGGUGUGGGUGGUGGUCCAGGGCAGAUGGCAGGUAGGGAGAAACAACGACAGGCAAGUGUUCCCUUUAAUAAAACUACGCUACCAGCAAAACCUGUGGUUUGUUAUGUUUGUGGUCAAGUAGGACAUAUAAAACCUGACUGUCCUUUAAGGAGAGCUAAAUCUGCAUAUUUCUGCACAGUUCCACGGCCAGCUUUUGCACAAAAUCUGCAGCAGGGGAGAAAACAGCUGCUGGAAAUUAAAGUGGAUGGAAAACCAGCAACUGCCUUGUUAGAUACAGGAAGUAUUCAGACGUUGGUUCAUCCUUCCCUUUUGACCAACCAGCCCUACUUUGAAGGCCCUGGCCUCAAUAUCUCCUGUGUUCAUGGGGAUCAUAAAACUUACCCCACAGCUGUCGUGUUUUUGGAGGUUGUCAACCAAACUUUUCUCCUAAGUGUGGGUGUAGUGGCAGGUUUAGCCCAUCAGGUAAUUUUGGGGCAGGACAUUCCCAUCUUACAGGAGUUGGUUCAAUCGUGUAAACCCGUGUAUGUUGUAACCAUAUCACAAAGUAGAAAUCAAACUUUAGCUGAUGAGGAUGGUUCGGAAUCUGAACGCAUUGGGGACAAGAUGGGACCAGACCAGCAAUGCGGUUCUGGGAGUGAUGGUGAGCAACAUUCUUUGCGUGAACUGCCGUUCUUUAAAUCUGAGCUCCCUACAGAGCACCCUGUUAAGGCUAGGAAGAGCAAAAAGCAAAGGUGGCUACUUAAAAUGGCUGGUACUGUUAAACACACAUCUCUGGGGUUUCCGGAAGUUGAUGUGGAUGGGGUGGAUGAACCAGUGGACUUCAAGCAGUUGCAAAAGCAGGAUGAAUCACUACACAGUUUUUUUGAACAUGCAGUAUCAAUUACAGAGAAGGAUAAUGCACAUCCCAAUGGGGAAGGAUAUGUUCUGACAGAUGGGGUGCUUUUUCACAAAUCUAGAGGAACAGGGUCAGAGAAACUAGUGGUACCUAAAAUGCUUAGGGAACAGGUUUUAAAGCUGGGGCACAGUAUUCCAUGGGCAGGGCACUUGGGUUUCAAGAAGACUUUUGAUAGAAUCUCAAAUAGGUUUUACUGGCCAGGCAUUCAGAAGGAGGUGCAGCAGUAUUGCCAGUCAUGUCCAGUGUGCCAGAUGUCAGGAGGAAAGAAUGUUCCCAAGUAUCCCCUGCAACCCCUGCCUAUUAUUGAUGUCCCCUUUAAAAGAAUAGGUAUGGACAUUGUAGGACCCCUUGAGAGAACCCAAGCAGGGAAUUGCUUUAUCCUGGUUAUAUGUGACUAUAGCACGCGUUACCCUGAAGCUUUUCCUCUUAGGAACAUCACUGCUAAACAGGUAGCCUAUGCAUUGCUCCAACUGUUUUCUAGGGUGGGAAUCCCAGCAGAAAUCUUAACUGACCAAGGUACUAACUUUUUGUCCAACACACUGAAGCAAAUCUAUAGACUGUUAGGCAUUAAGGGUAUUCGGACCACCCCCUACCACCCCCAGACUGAUGGUCUAGUGGAACGUUAUAACAGGACCUUAAAGAGCAUGUUAAAGAAGUUCAUUUCCAUCAAUGGGAAAGACUGGGACAAGUGGUUGCCCUAUUUGCUUUUUGCAUACCGGGAAGUCCCUCAGGCUUCCACUGGGUUUUCACCAUUUGAACUUCUCUAUGGCAGGCAGCUAAGGGGUCCUCUGGACAUCCUUCAGGAGUCAUGGGUUGGGCCAAGGGGUGAGCCGACUAAUGUUGUCAGUCAUGUUUUGAAAAUGAGGGAGAAGAUGGAGGAAGCAACCAACCUUGUGAGGAACCAACUGGAAAGGGUGCAACAGCAACAACAAACCUGGUAUGACAAGACAGACAGGCAGAGAGUCUUCAACCCAGGUCAGAAGGUUUUUUUACUACUUCCUACAUCUGAUAAUAAACUGUUGGCGAAAUGGCAGGGUCCGUAUACUGUGUUGAGGAGACUAGGUGGGACCACCUAUGAGAUUGAGAUGCCUGAGAGGAGGAACCCAAAGCAGGUUUUCCACAUCAAUCUUCUCAAAAAGUGGAAAUCUCGUGACCCCCCACUUUGUGAGCAAUGUUUUGUUCAGAAGGUGGAAGAAGAGUAUGAGGUGGAGAGAGAGUUGCCACCUGUGAAUGACAGUCCAGCCUCACUUGAUUUGUCCCAUCUCUCUCUCACGCAGCAGCAGGAGCUGGAGGCCAUUAUUCCUCCAGAUCUGUUUCAGGAGCGACCAGGAACUACAGAUCUGGUGCGACAUGACAUCCACCUAAAGAGCAGCACUCCCAUCAGACAACGGAUGUACCGCGUCCCAGAGAAAAUGCUUCCUGUGCUCAGAGAUGAAAUUGAGGUCAUGUUGAAGCUUGGGGUGAUUGAACUGUCUAAUAGCGAAUGGAGCAACCCCGUGGUUCUGGUAAUCAAAAAGGAUGGGAGUAUUCGUUUCUGUAUUGACUUCAGAAGGGUGAAUGCACAGUCAGAUUUUGAUGCUUACCCAUUGCCGAGACUAGAUGAUCUUAUAGAGUGUGUGGGCCAAGCCAAAUACAUAAGUACUCUGGAUCUCUGUAAAGGGUAUUGGCAGGUGCCUUUGACUGAUGCUGCUAAGCCUCUCACUGCUUUUAGGACCCCUCAAGGACUGGCAGUUCACAAAGAUGCCUUUCGGACUCCAUGGUGCGCCAGCCACCUUUCAGAGGCUGAUGAGCAAGGUGCUGUCUGGUAUGGAUUCGUUUGCUGCGGCUUACCUUGAUGAUGUGGUUAUCUACAGCAACACAUGGAAAGAACAUCUCAUCCACCUGAAGGAGGUCCUGCAGAGGAUAAAGGAGGCGGGCCUGACCAUCCAUCCCAAGAAAUGUUGCUUGGCCAAGAAGGAGCUUCAGUAUUUGGGCCACACCCUGGGACAAGGGGUUAUUAAGCCCGUGAAAGACAAAGUUGAUGCAAUUAAAGCAGCUGCAAGGCCAACCACAAGGAAGCAG